AAUCCUUAACGCGCUUAGUCUCUACUGCGAUUGCGAGCUUAGUUUCAGCUAUCUCCGCGCGGUACGUCGUGUGAUUACGUGGUCAAAAAUCGGCUCGAAUGGUGUGUGUGUACGCAUAGUGAUAUUGUACAUCUCACUCCCGCUUGUAACAAACGAAUUGAGGUCUCUGUCUCGUGGCUGCCCCACCACAAGCGGUACUGUCGCACACAUUCACGCACACGCAGCAGUCUCUCGAAGAGGCGCGCUCUCUCGCUCUCUCCGCUCUCUCGACACGCGUCCACCUUCUUCGGGGUCUCCCAUUUCUCACUCGCUCUUUUCUCGUAAGCCAUCGUCGCGGCAUUUGCCUUCUUAACAACUUAUAGCUACGUGUACGCGUUAAGGACAGCUUUUUGUCCUCGCCGUUUGUCUGUAUUUGUAGUGUACCCGUAGUAGCAGCAAGCAUCCCCUCAAUAUGUCACGCGACUGAAUAUCUCAACCCCCAAUUGCCAACGAGAAUCACUAGCACGCACCAGAUCGAGUAGGAAAGCCAAAGCACACGUCGCAAGGCAGCCGUAACGCGUUGCUCGCACGCAGUUCAGACCACGUUAGUAUCCAGCAGCAACAUGAGCGCACCGAAGCAAGAACAGCAGCAGCAACCCACGCCUCCACCCCUCAAACCAUGCUACGGCAUCGUGAAGCAGGUGAAUUCUGGAGAUUCUAUUACUAUCCGUGGUCAGCCCAAGGGAGGACCUCCACCAGAAAAGACCUUGAUUUUGUCCAACGUAAUAGCACCUAAACUUGGCCGUCGACCAGUCAAUACUAGCCCAGAAACUAAAGAUGAGCCAUAUGCAUGGGAAGCAAGGGAAUUCCUGCGUAAAAAGUUAAUUGGACAAGAAAUUGUAUUUGUUGAAGAGAAAUCUCCAAACAAUAAUAGAACAUAUGGACGGGUGUGGAUAGGCAAAGAUAUGUCGGGACCAUCGAUCACCGAGCAACUGGUGUCCGAGGGUCUCGUGACUGUAAAGCGAGACACACGCGCUCAGUCUCCUGAGUUGACCAAACUCCAAGAACUCGAGGAUGCUGCUAAAUCUGCCGGUAAGGGUAAAUGGUCAACCACAAGCCCGUCGUCAGAUCACGUCCGCGACGUCAAGUACAGCGUUGAAACUCCUCUGACUCUGGUCGACAAGUACGGUGGCAAGCCCGUGAAGGCUCUUAUCGAACACGUCAGAGACGGUUCGACGGUCAAGGCUUUGCUGUUGCCUGACUUUUAUCAUAUUACCUUGGCCAUCUCGGGUAUUCGUUGCCCUACCUUCAAGCAGGAUGGCCCUGAGCCAUUUGCUGAUCAAGCAAAAUUUUUCGUUGAAUCGCGUCUUCUGCAAAGAGACAUCGAAGUUUUACUUGAGUCUGCCAACAACACCCAAUUUGUUGGAAGUAUUCUACAUCCGAAAGGUAACAUCGCCGAAGCUUUGCUGAAUGAAGGAUUUGCUCGCAUCGUCGACUGGUCAAUGAGUAACAUCAAAACCGACAAACAUAAGCUCUAUCUUGCGGAAAAAGCUGCCAAAGAUAAGCGUUUACAUCUGUGGAAAGACUAUGUACCAGCUCGUCCAUCGGAGGAACUCAAUGGAACCAUCAUCGAGAUCACCAGUGCGGAUUCCAUGAUUGUGCGCAUGAAUAAUGGCGAGACCAAGAAGAUCUUCUUGAGCAGUAUUAGGCCACCACCACGCCCCAAGCAGCCACAAGGAGAAGACGGUAAACCACCAGCCAAGUCAAAGGACUUCAGGCCACUCUAUGACAUCCCUUGGAUGUUCGAGGCCCGUGAGUUCUUAAGAAAAAAACUCAUCGGCAAACCAGUUAAAGUGAUUGUUGACUACGUUCAACCCGCCAGAGAUAACUUUCCCGAGAAAACUUGUUGCACUGUUUUGGUUGGAAAAGUUAAUAUUGCCGAAGCAAUGGUAUCGAAGGGCUUUGCUACUGUGGUAAGGUACCGGCAAAAUGAUGACCAGCGUUCAUCCUACUACAACGACUUGCUCGUUGCCGAAUCUAAGGCUGAAAAGUCCGGUAAUGGUCUGCAUGCCAAGAAAGAUGUGCCACUGCAGCGAAUCCGUGAUGUGUCAACCGACCCCACAGCCGCCAAGUCUUACUUGCAGUCCUUAAAGCGUGCUCGUGAAAUCAAAGCCGUAGUUGAGUUUGUGACGAGCGGCUCUCGCCUCAAACUAUUCAUCCCCAAAGAGUACUGUCUGAUCACGUUUUUACUUGCUGGAGUCAAGUGUCCACGUGCUGCCCGCAUCACACCCGGUACUGGUGGCAUGGAAGCUGAGCCUUUUGGUGAAGAAGCACUCGCCUACACCCGCAAGUUCUGUUUCCAGAAGGACGUUGACGUCCAGGUUGAGAACAUGGAGACAAAGGGUAGUGGUUUUAUUGGUUGCCUCUUCGUCGACAAUGUCAAUCUGUCGGUUGCACUUGUUGAGGAAGGUCUUGCCGAGAUUUCGAACUUUGUAGAGCAGGGUGAACUUUUGAAGGCCCUUAAAGCUGCUGAAGAACGUGCCAAAGCCAAGAAAUUGAACAUCUGGAAGAAUCGUGUAGAGAUCGAGGUGGAGCCAGAAGAAAAACGCGAGGAAACCGAGCGUGCGCCUGCUGAGCGUAAGAUUGAUUACCAGGAAAUCGUAGUGUCGGAAAUCACUGACGAACUACACGUCUACACACAAAGGGUCGACCAGAAGGCAACUCUUGAGGGCCUUUUGGCACGCUUACGCCAAGAAAUCGAGACCAAUCCUCCCUUGGCUGGAGCUUACACUCCGAAAAAGGGUGACCUGGCUAUUGCCAAAUUUACAGUGGACAACGAAUGGUACCGCGUUAAGAUCGAAAAGGUUGCUGGUCCUAACGUGUCGGUCUUUUACAUUGACUACGGAAAUCGAGAAGUUCUCGAUGUAACCAGGGUUGCUGCUGUGCCAGCUGGUUUCACUGCGGAUAAACCAUUUGCUACGGAAAAUAUCUUGGCAAUCGUUACGUUACCUAAAGACGAGGACGAUAAAAAAACUGCCAUGCAAAUUCUCAGGGAGGACACUCUUCAUGGGAACACUUUACUAUUGAAUGUGGAACAUAGAAACGUCGGAGCUCCAAUCAUUACAUUAGCUGAUCCUACAACUAAGGAAGAUAUUGUUAAAGCUCUUGUUGCUGAGGGCUAUUUACUAUGUUAUUCGGGAAAAGACCGUAAACAUAAACAACUGCGGGAAGAAUACAGGAAAGCUGAAAAGGAAGCAAGAGAAAAGCAUCUUAAUAUCUGGCAAUACGGUGAUAUCACUGAAGAUGAUGCCAAGGAAUUUGGCAUUGGUCAUUAAAUAUUCUUAAAAAAUCUUUAAAAAACUUGGGGAGAAGUUAGUAGACUUGGUGGGACAAAUGAUGUUAUCAUACUUUUGGAGAGUCAUAAUAGACAGCAUAAUAAAUACGUACGUGGAUGAUUCGCUAUGAUAAACUUUUUAAAAACUGCGAAAACAAUAGACACUUAAACUUCGAACAGCGUUUUUUCACCAAUUUGUAACGCGAACUUACGGAAGUGAAUAAGAUCAUUGAACGAAUAUGAAUUGUAUAUAAUGUUUGAAGAAAAACAAGAAAUAUGAAUGAACUUGUGAGGCUGAGAUAGCAUGCGGUUUUACUAUCUGUCCUUCGCAAGACUCUUGUACCUUCCUACUCCACGAGACUGUUUGAUUGUAAAAUGUAUUUCUGUAUAUGCGAUCGAUUCUUGUUAUUAUUAUACACGCAAUCCCGUGUUUAUCCUUCGUUAAAGGAACUUUUUACAGAUAUAAAUAUCAUGGAAAAAUCUAAUUUAUAUAAAUACGAAUGAUGUAAAUUCGCGUCAAGGUGCAAUUCAAAUCAAUGUCUCACUGCAGAUAUAUUUCGCCAAGUUUUAUUGUGCAUCAACAAUAUAUAUUUUUACUUUUUUCAAUUACUCAGGUAGUUGUUAAGAAUUAAAUCAUGUGGCUGAUGCAACUGUUGUUCUAAACAAAAGAAGGAACUAAAAUGGAGUUGAUUAAAUAAAAUUCUUUUCGACUCACGAUACUUUUUUUUUUAGUAAUUUUUAAUGACUAUUCAUUGGUAUUGCCUCGAUUAAAAUAUAAAAAAAUACUUGUUCUUAAACAGAAAUGUUUAAGAAUACACAAAUGACUCAUUUAUGUUUGGAACAAAAUAAAUGCAAACUUAAGUUUUUAAAAUAUUCGUACAAUAACAACCAAAAAAACCUAAUUAUUUAGAAAUAAACUAUCAUGAUAAUUUCUUUAUCACGAAUACCAUAUAGGUCAAUGCAACACCAAAUCUUUAAUGAUUUUUAAAAAUGAAAAUUGAUUCUUAAUUAGAUAUCUAUUAUAUUUAGACUGUAACUUUCUAGUUUUUAUAAAAAUUUAAACGUUAAAAUAUAUCAAGAUUUCCAAUAAAUUUUUUAAUUAUGAAAAAAUUGCUGAGCCAUUAACGAGUGAAGUUGAUAAGAAUAUGUUGUACAAAUGGUAACGAUAUAGAUUGUAUUAAAAAAAUUAAAAUUACAUUAAUAAUAAUAGUUUGGUAGCGGAAAGGUCCAUUAAACUUUUGAAUAAAAACAGUUUUCGUAAGAAUAAUACACCAAUUAUCAUGCUAUAUUGAUACAUAUUAUAGAAACAAAAAUAAAACUUUUCAUGGUAGAAAUCAUAGAUGCAGCAAGUCUAUUAAAAAAUGGCCUAUAUACAUAUAUAUACAACAUUUUGUAUACUUUAAUUUUAGAUAUAAUAUUCAGUGAAAUUAAAAUAUCAGCUUUAUAUCUCGGGAAAAUACUUUCUGCUGACUAAAUAGGAAUAAAUACGAAAUAUUUUCGUGUUCAUAAGAUACAAGUACACAUGCGUAAAAAAAGCAAAGUAAAUACCCAUUUUGUUUUUGCAGAUAAAAAGAUAAUGUAAAGCCAUUAUAAAACUAAUAUCAAAAAUAAUGAUAAUUCAAAAGAUUUUGAUUUUCCAUUAGCUAUUUCAAAGAAUAACUAUUAUAUUAUUACGCUUCCAUGAUUGUUCAUGGCCCAUGUUAUUAUUACAGUGCUGAAUUAGGAAUUACAACAGUAAUAUUGAUGAACUUGACAAAAGAAAAUGUUUAUUAUUACUAUAUUCAAUGCACGCACUCGAAUCAUUUUAUUUUCACACGUAAGUAUUUUAGUUUAUUGUUGUUCAUUAUUUAAAAAAAUAUAUAUAAUUUCACUCAUAGAAGCAACAAUUUUAAUAAAUAUAUGUUACAUUCUCAGUGUGAUAAGGUAAAUUGAAAUUAGAAUUUGUAAUGCAAAAUCUACGUACGCAUUGUUUAUUCGUAUGAAUUAUAUUAGAAAGAAAUGUAAAAUAUUGUACGACCUUACAUAGAUAGAAUAAUACCUGACAAUAUAGAAAAUAUACUUUUGUAGAUGAAAAUAAAAAUUCAGUUUUUCUUUUGAUUGUCAGUGAAUAAUUAUGAAUAGUAAUAUAAGAUCUCUAUGUAUGUAUGUACAAUUUAGUAAUUCAUAGAAUAUAAUAAAAAGUACUUUGAAUUUGUCAGGUUUGUCACUACUUUAAUCAUUUAUCUAUGUGUAUCAUCAUCAAAGCGUUUGAAAAUUCUUUGUAAUUUUACGUUUAUAUCGCGUAUAUUACUCCAUAAUACUCUUAUAUUACAUAUUUUUUGGUGUUAUAAUAAUUUUAGACUAGAUAUAAGUUACUAAACUAAAAUAUAUUUACUCGAUACACGAUUUUGGUUAUAAUGAUCCAAUGCAAACAAAUAUUGUGCAUAGAAUCAAUGCAAUAAAUUAUAGAAAACGUUGUUAAAUAAAUUUAUUAAAAACUUACAUGUUGAAUUAUAAUUAUUGCUUAGUUCUAUUAUUUUUAAUAAUGAUUUUAUCUUUACAAAAAUUCUUAUAAAAGAAUUAUUUUGAGUUACAUUUAAAUAAAUAUUAGUACUUUUUUAUUCAUUUUAAACUUGCCCUAAACUUCUAUUGGCAGUACAUCAAAGUAAUUGCCAGGACCGCCAGGAAGAGCCACGGUGGCUUACUGUACUAGAAUAUCUGUCUCCUAUGCAAGAGUCUGGGGUUUGAUUCCUGACAGAUACCUAUGAAUUUUUUUCAAGAAGUGUUUGUGCCAAGAUUAACAUCGUGGCUACGGUGGUUCUGAUUCCACCUUAUGCAGCAUUGAGGCCUCCUACUCCUGACUUCCUCCUUACAUGAUCCUUGACUUGAUUGGCAAAGUCAGUCAGUCCAGCAUUAUCCUUUAUGGUAUAGUUCUUCAUACUUGGAUCAAAGACUGAAGCAAUCGCCUUAGCUGCAGUCGAAUAUAGGGUAAAGUGCUUGGAAUGGAGUGCUUCAGUCACUGGGUGGAUACAGUAAUUUAAUGAACGGACGGUCUUCUUCUGGAAUUGUGUUUAACACUGUCAGUGCAUAACUCAUCUUGAAACGCUCAGCUUCUACGAACUCCGGGAAAGCUAAUACAUCUGGAUGAAGGCCAUAAAUAAACAUCAUGAUCAUGUAGAUAUACGUCAUUUCAGCGUAUUGAAGUUGCUUGCAGAGCAUAUUAAAUAUAUUUCUGUAUUUGCCACUUUUCUUAGUGCCCUGGGCUCUCAUGGCUCUAAAUAUGCUUGUCCUUAUUUGGUGCUUUGAGCUAAUGGAAUUGUUAAUCCCUUUGUAAACGUCCAGAAGAGGUGUUGUAAUUUGCUCUGGAGCAAAUUUUUUAUUCAAGGUGUGGGAUAUUCUAUUCCACUUACAUCGGAACCAAUGGACACGUGAUACAUCAGUUAAUGAUUUUGCAAUCAAUAAGAGCAUGCUUAAUGAUGUUGUUACCAGCUCUGGGUAAGAGACAUAUUUGUCUCAUGUCAAGCCCAUCCUGUCUUUUAAUGCUGGUUAAACUCUGUCUGCUGCUUGAGACAGAGCCUCCAGUGUGGGGAGUUCAUGUUACUUGAGUAUAAUGCCAUACUCUUUACAGGAUCUCUCUAACCCACAUUCACAAAGUCAGAAUCACUUGCAAAUAUUUUUAAGAUCGAGAUAAUUGCCACUAAGUAAAAGUUGGAGUUGUAGGUGGUUGGAUCAUUCACUAUGUAAAUCGGUCCUAAUGCUAAUACGCAUAGGACGGCUACAGCAUCUUCAGAAAGUAUUAGAUUCUCAUUAGCUACAAAAUAUUUCACUGUAUCUUUUGCGAACUUAUUUCCAACCGCGUUAUAUUCAUUUCUUCCAAUCCUGAGUUUGGUUCUCUCCAUUACGGUUAUCACGUUUCUUAGGUUUGAGGUGAAGAAUUCUUCGUGCUCUUGCGGGAGGUUACGUAGCUGAUUUUGUCUCCUAGCAGUUAUCCUCGUGCAGGAUUGUGCCAUGAUUGUAUUAAUCCCGAGUGCACAGGUGAUAACAGCAACCUAGAUUUCCUAACAAAGGAUCAC